AUGCAGAUUUCAACAGCAUCGUCUUCUCACCUGCGCCUGGAUCACACACCUAUUGCCAAGCUUCGGGAAGUGAUCGCAGCUCCUGUUGCUCGGAUCCGUUAUACCCAGUGUGAUGCCCGUCUCCCAGCUUGUCAGAAUUGUCAUAAAUCCGGCCUCUCAUGCUCUUUCUACGACGAUGUGCUGCAGCAAGAUGUUCCGAGAAGUCACAUCAAGAGCCUCUAUGACCGCAUUGAGGAGCUCAAGGCUAUCGUUGCAGUCCAUCACACACAUUCUCAGAACAACGACAACACUACAUCGGGCCCCACAGAUUCCGGCGGUGCAUUCCAAUUCGUCUUGCCUUCCCGCAAUGGCACCCUUUUUCUCGAGCAGUCUCCUCCAGUCAUCAUAGGCGAUGCCACCGUCCGCAAGCUGCUUAACCAGGGUGUUAAGAUCGAGUCACCUUUUCUGGUCCCGGGCAAUCUGAACCCCGAAGAAGAGGGCAUCAACGUUUUUGCAGCAUCUAGGUUCGAUAGGGCCUCAGUAACACCCAACACGGUUCGCUUGUUACUAGCUCACUACGUUCGGUGCGUCGAGCCGGCUCUCCCGGCUAGUAUCACCCUGCCUGACGAGAAUGAGGCGAGCCUGAAGCAAAUGGGAGAAGCAGACAGGUGCUGCGUUCUUCUAGCCUGCGCAAUCGCUGCUACUCACAAGAGCUAUUACGCGCCGGCCUGGAAAAUUGUAGCGUCAACCUGCCGUGAGUGGGGCGGUGAGCUCGCUGCUCAGUUCGUGACGAAGCCGAAUGAUCAUAUCGUCGUCAUUUUGCUGCUGCUCAUCAUCUAUGAGCUUGCGGAUCCUGAAAGAGGCCUCAUAUGGGAGCUUUUAAGCUUCGCAACCAGGUCCUGCCUGGAACUCGGCUGGCAUCGCACGGACGAGCAAGCCAUACACCCAUUACCAGGGCCCACAUUACCGGCAAGCUCUCAAACGAGACGACUGCCGCCAGAAACCAAGAAGCGAACGCUGUCUGUGCUGAUCUAUAUUGAAAGGUGA